CUGCAACUUCCCUGCCCAUCCUAACAUGGCCGAACAACUGAGUCGAAAGCCGAUACCUCUAUGGCUCGAUUGCGACACCGGUCACGAUGAUGCUCUUGCUAUACUUCUCGCAGGUCGUGAUCCUUUGAGCAAUCUCUUGGGUAUCAGCACAAUCUAUGGCAAUGCUACUUUGACGCAUACUACCUACAAUACUCGCGCCAUCUUGAAAGCAAUCAAGCGUGAAGAUGUAGGCGUGCACGUCGGUGCAAGCAAGCCUUUCUGCAGAGCGGCCGCUGUAGCUGCUGAUAUUCAUGGAGAAUCUGGACUUGAUGGGACGACCUGCCUACCAACACCCGAUGUUCCAGCACGGCCAGAGAUAGCAGUAGACGCAAUGUACAAAGCUUUGAUCAGUGAGGCUCCAGGCACGGCAUACAUAGUAGCGACAGGAGCAUGUACGAACAUUGCCUUGCUAUUCUCCAUUCACCCUGAGUUGGCAGAGCACAUUGCAGGUCUUUCCAUCAUGGGCGGAGCAAUUGGAGGUGGAUUCAGCGACGCCCCCAUGGGAAAGGUGCAUGGACAAGGCGAGAGAUUUGGCAACUGGACGCCUUGGGCAGAAUUCAACAUUUACAUCGAUCCGGAAUCCGCCAAUGCAAUCUUCUCCAAUGAGACAUUAGCGAAAAAAACCACUCUGAUCCCUCUCGAUCUCACCCAUCAAUUCCUCGCCACUGCAGAAAUUCAACACGCUUUACGAUUCGGCUUCGACUUCAAAUACUCCUCCUCCGACUCCUCCUCCCCCUCGGCCUCCUCCUCCGACUCGGCCUCCUCCAACAACUAUACCCCCGCCACCACCACCAUCACCACAGUCCGCAAGCUCUACAGCCAAAUCCUCACCUUCUUCGCCAAAACCUACGCCGACGUAUUCGGUCUCACACAAGGUCCACCGGCCCACGAUCCUCUCGCGGUGGCAGCAGUGCUGCAGCCCGAUUUGUUUUUCGAAAAUACGACAGGUACAGGUACAGGUACAGGUAAUGGCGAGAGAUUUGCGGUGCAAGUCAUCAUUGAUGGGGAACAUGGAGCGUCGGAUCAUGUGCGAUCAAACAGUGGAUCGCAGUGUGGACGGACCGUGGCGACGUUGCUUCCUGCGCAUGAGUUGGGGGUGAGAAUACCGAGAUUGUUGGACGCGGAAAAAGUGUGGCGCAUGCUGGACGACUGCUUGGCUCGAGUGGGGUGA